CAUAAAAAAAAAAAAAAAAAAAAUCAAUUUCGCCUUUCGGCGAAAAAAAAAGAAAAAGGAAAAAAAAUAGAAGUACAUAAUUAACAGCCACUAAACGCAGUAGAUCCAUAAGAGAGAGAGAGAGAGAGAGAGAGAGGGUGGGGUUUCUGCCAUGGAAGAGAAGCUGAUACAGAGGUUGGAAUCGGCGGUUGCGCGCUUAGAGGCACUUUCCACCGGAUUCAGGCCCGGAGGUUCGCCGGAGACCGGCGAUGGCGCCCCGGUCGAUCCUUCGAUUGUGGCUUUCGAUGGCAUGAUAGAACAGUACCUUGGUAGGGUUUCUGCUGCGGCGGAGAAGAUUGGGGGACAAGUUUUGGAGGUCACGAAGGUUGUUCAACAAGCUUUUGCUGUUCAGAAGGAGCUGCUCAUCAAAGUCAAGCAAACACAGAAGCCAGAUCUUGCGGGAUUGGCUGAAUUUCUCAAGCCAUUAAAUGAUGUGAUCAUGAAAGCAAAUUCAUUGACAGAAGGGAGGCGGUCUGAUUUUUUUAACCACUUGAAGAGUGCUGCUGACAGUCUCUCAGCUUUAGCAUGGAUAGCAUACACUGGAAAAGAAUGCGGAAUGAGCAUGCCUAUUGCACAUGUGGAAGAAAGUUGGCAGAUGGCUGAAUUUUAUAACAACAAGAUUCUUGUGGAGUACAAAACCAAAGACUCGAAUCAUGUAGAGUGGGCCAAAGCUCUGAAGGAACUCUAUUUGCCUGGUUUGAGAGAUUAUGUUAAGACUAACUAUCCCUUGGGCCCGGUUUGGAGUCCCACUGGCAAGGCAGUGACUGCUGCUUCAACGAAAGCUCCUACACCUAGUGCCCCUGCUCCUCCACCUCCUCCACCAGCUUCACUCUUUAGUCCUGAAACUUCUCAGGCAUCAUCAUCAGGUGGAAAACAGGGGAUGGCUGCUGUUUUUAAAGAAAUUAAUUCUGGGAAUUCUGUGACAUCAGGUUUGAGAAAGGUCACAGCUGACAUGAAGACGAAGAAUCGUGCGGAUAGAACUGGCAUUGUUAGUGCCAAUGAAAAAGAAACUCGUACCAGCUCACCUUCUUUUUCUAAAACAGGACCUCCAAAGCUGGAACUUCAAAUGGGUCGUAAGUGGGUUGUUGAGAAUCAAAUUGGAAGGAAAAAUUUAGUUAUUGAUGAUUGUGAUGCUAAACAGUCAGUAUACAUUUUUGGAUGCAAAGAUUCUGUUUUGCAGGUUCAAGGGAAAGUCAACAAUAUUACAGUUGACAAAUGUAACAAGAUGGGGGUUGUAUUUACGGAUGUUGUGGCUGCUUUUGAGAUUGUAAAUUGCAAUGGUGUUGAAGUGCAAUGUCAGGGUUCAGCUCCAACAAUUUCAAUCGAUAAUACGUCAGGAUGCCAAUUAUAUUUAAGCAAAGAUUCUCUUGGGGUAUCUAUAACAACUGCAAAAUCAAGUGAGAUCAAUGUAUUGAUUCCUGGUUCCGGGCCUGAUGAUGAUUGGGGGGAGCAUGCUUUGCCACAACAGUUCAUUAACGUAUUCAAGGACGGACGCUUUGAAACUACUCCAGUUUCCCACUCUGGAGGUUAAUUUAGUGGUAUUUGACAAUUAUUUUUUUCCUCUUUUCAUAUAAUUCCUUCAGCGGUUCGGCAGAGGUUUCAAUAUUUUUCUUUUGUUGUUGAUUCAAUUGGUUUCAGCAUAUAAUGAUCAUACGUUAUGUUGUUAUUUAUGGUGUUAAUCUUGUCAGUUUAUUAAACCUUGAGACUUAUCUACUUGAUUUUUUUGGGCUGUUUGUUUCUAGGUGAGUGUUGUACUGAGGUUUUUAGUACCGCGAUCAGUAUGUAACGAACCUUAUGAUCUUGUAAUCCUGCUUAUAUACGUUCUGUAGAUUUCAUCUCUA